CCAUUUCUUCCCAAUCUCCAUCUCUCUUUUUAUUUUUGGUUUCUCUCGAAAGUCCCAUCACCAAAUCCAACGUCUCUUAACGUGCGCAUCAACAUUUCAUUGCUUGUUACCAAUGGCGCACGAUAGCGUCCAGCUUCCAUGCGACGGAGAUGGCGCGUGCAUGCGCUGCAAGGUCACCCCUCUGGCGGAGGAAACCCUGAUUUGUAGCACGUGCGCGACUCCUUGGCACGUGGCUUGCUUGGCUUCUCCUCCCGAAACCCUAGCUUCUACACUGCAAUGGCAGUGCCCCGACUGUUCCGGAGAUCCUCUUCCUUCUGCUGCGGGCGCCUUAGAUGGGACCUCUAGCGAGUUAUUCGCGGCGAUAAGGGCAAUAGAGUCGGACGAAUCGUUGACGGAGAAGGAGAAGGCGAGGAAGAGGCAGGAGCUGGUGAGCGGGAGAGUUGAAGAAGAUGGGGAUAAAGAAAAGAAAGGGAAAGAGAAAGAGAGCUCCUUUUUGGACGUUCUUGAUGGAAGCUUAAACUGUUCGUUUUGCAUGCUGUUACCUGACAGACCUGUUACGACACCUUGCGGCCACAAUUUCUGCCUUAAAUGCUUCCAGAAAUGGAUAGGGCAAGGGAAGCGUACUUGUGCAAAAUGUCGCUCAAUAAUUCCCCCCAAAAUGGCAAGUCAGCCUCGUAUUAAUUCUACACUUGUAUCUGUUAUAAGAAUGGCAAAGCUAUCGAAAUCAAAUGUAGCUGCAGGGCCAAUGAAAGUUUACCAUUUUGUACAAAAUCAAGACCGGCCUGACAAGGCUUUCACUACAGAGAGAGCACAAAAACCUGGAAAAGCUAAUGCUGCUAGUGGGAAGAUAUUUGUGACUGUACCACCUGAUCAUUUUGGACCAAUCACAGCCGAAAAUGAUCCAGCUAGAAAUCAGGGUGUGCUUGUUGGUGAAUGUUGGGAAGACAGAUUGGAAUGCCGGCAAUGGGGUGCUCACCUUCCACAUGUUGCAGGCAUUGCUGGUCAGUCGAACUAUGGUGCUCAAUCUGUAGCUCUCUCAGGAGGUUAUGAGGAUGACGAGGAUCAUGGGGAGUGGUUUCUCUACACAGGAAGUGGAGGUAGAGAUCUCAGUGGAAAUAAGCGGACAAACAAGGAACAGUCAUUUGAUCAAAAAUUUGAGAAGAUGAAUGAGGCUUUGCGAGUAAGCUGCAAAAUGGGCUAUCCUGUCCGAGUUGUAAGGUCUCACAAAGAAAAACGUUCUUCAUAUGCCCCAGAGAAAGGUGUGAGAUAUGAUGGAAUUUACAGAAUUGAAAAAUGUUGGAGAAAAGUUGGAAUACAGGGAUUUAAAGUUUGCCGAUAUUUGUUUGUGAGAUGCGACAAUGAGCCAGCCCCUUGGACAAGUGAUGAUCAUGGAGAUCUACCUAGGCCCUUACCAGCCAUUCCCGAGUUGAAGAAGGCAACUGACGUAUUUGAGAGAAAGGAAAGUCCAUCAUGGGACUUUGAUGAAGAGGACAAUCGCUGGAGAUGGAAAAAACCACCGCCUCCCAGCAAAAAGCCAGUGAAUGCGGCUGAUCUCGAAGAAAGGAAAAGGGCAAGGAAAGCUAUAAGGCAAGCACAUACUACAACUGUAAGAGAAAGACUACUCAAAGAGUUUAGUUGUCUAAUCUGUCGGCAAGUUAUGAAUCUUCCAGUUACAACUCCAUGUGCCCACAACUUCUGCAAAUCUUGUUUUGAAGCUGCAUUUUCUGGUAAGACUGCUAUUAGAGAGAGAAGCAAAGGUGGCCGGACACUUAGAUCACAAAAAAAUGUGCUCCAUUGUCCUGCUUGCCCAACCGACAUCUCUGAUUUUCUUCAAAACCUUCAGGUCAACCGAGAACUAAUGGGUGUGAUAGAGUCACUGAAGCAAAAGAGUGAGGAGAAUCAGGACGCUGUUGAAGAGUUGAGUGAGGAACAGGUGGACGAGUCAGAGGAAAAUGCAGACAUAGGUUCUGGCGACAGUGAAACUGCCCAGAAAACCAAGAACCCUGAUCCCAACGAUGACUUGCAGAAUCCUCCUCCCGAUUCUGAUCAGAAAAGAACUAGCAAGAGGAUGAAAGUGGAUACGACUCAAGUAGUAGCUGACUGUGAAUGACACUCUGUCACAUACCUUCCAGGUGCAAUCGUCUGACGUUGAACUUGAAUGACCUGUUUUGUUUUUCUGGGUUUACUUUUCAUUUUGUGCUGAAAAUUGUAUCAGUUUUCAGUUUUAUGCUUGUGGAUCAAUUCCACAGUUCUUUUAUUGGUGCAGAACAAUUCAAUUUAGAUCAUUGAAGCUUUCUAUGGAUCAUGAAAAAAAUUCCCUUCUUUUGGUA